UGUACAGUAGGAGAGCAGUGACACAUCCAGCAGGCUGCUCCCCUGCAGUGUGGGGAUAGGCUGUGUGUGAACUGGCCCCUCCAGCAGUGGCUGUGUCUUCAGGACACACACUCACCUCCGUACAGUGUGCUGAGGAUUGGUACCGGACCGCAGGGUGAUACCAGGCUGGGCACCCCCCCCCCCCCAUCCCCGGGCUCAGCUCUGGAUCAGCACAUGGGAGGAUUGUUCUGCCUGAGUAACACUGACCGGGAGAUGAAGCGCCGCGGGAGCGGGGAGUGCAGCGCCGUCCCCGGGGAGUGCAGUGCGGAGACAGCGGCUCCAGUGUAGUGAUCUCCCGAGGUGACAGCUCCAGCUGACUACAAAAAGACGGGUAACAAUCAAUGUGACUCCCAAUACUGAUCAAUACCCCCAAUGGGAUCAGAAUCCUGAAUGCAGAAUCUCACCAGUAUUGCAAUAGAGCUUGGCUUUCGGGAAAGGCAGAUGUAAGGGCAGAUAAUCAUGUUGGGACGGCUGUGGUCACCGGUGAUCCUCUUCUAUAUUAUACUUGGUCAGGGGUGGACAGCGGAGGUGAAUCAGACAACAUCAUCAUACUCCACCUUACCAAAUACUACAGAACCCCCUUUGCCCGACACUUCCUCGCUCCUGACCUCUGUGCUGGUGCCUUUGCUUGUUUGCUUCUUGCUUAUUCUUCUGGCCGGCUACCUUCUAAGGUCCAGAAAGAGUCGUAAAGCGGACGUGAACUCCGGUGAUAAGAAGAUCCCGAAUGGAAUCCUGGAAGAACAAGAGCAGCAAAGGGUGAUGUUACUGAGCAGCUCACCCACUGUGGUCAAGAAAUACUUCCCGAUUCCAGUGGAACAUUUAGAAGAAGAGGUCCGGAUACGGUCGGCAGACGAUGGGAAGCUCUUCCGAGAAGAGUACAAUUCAUUGCAAUCGGGGAAUUUCCAAGGAACAUUUGAAGUGGCCAACAGGGAAGAGAACAAGGAAAAGAACAGAUAUCCUAAUAUCCUGCCCUAUGACCACUCCAGAGUUUUGCUGACAGCAGUGGAUGGAUCCGUAUGUUCAGACUACAUUAACGCCUCAUACAUAGAUGGCUAUAAAGAGAAGAAUAAGUUCAUAGCAGCUCAAGGCCCCAAGCAGGAGACACUGAAUGACUUUUGGAGAAUGAUCUGGGAGCAGAAGUCGGCCACCAUAGUCAUGCUGACCAACCUGAAGGAAAGGAAAGAGGACAAAUGUAACCAGUAUUGGCCCGAUCAAGGCUGCUGGAUUUAUGGGAAUAUCAGAGUGUCUGUAGAGGACGUCAUUGUCCUGGUGGACUACACCAUUCGGAAGUUCUGCAUACAACCUGUUCAUGAUGGCUGCAAGGCCCCCAGGCUGAUAACACAGUUACAUUUCACCAGCUGGCCAGACUUCGGAGUGCCCUUCACACCCAUUGGUAUGCUGAAAUUCCUCAAGAAAGUCAAAUAUCUCAAUCCAGCACAUGCCGGACCCAUUGUUGUUCACUGCAGCGCCGGUGUUGGACGGACGGGCACGUUCAUUGUUAUAGACGCUAUUAUAGACAUGAUGAACGAAGAAAAGAAGGUUGACGUUUUCGAUUUUGUUAUGAAAAUCCGCGGUCAACGGCCCCAAAUGGUUCAAACCGAUAUGCAGUAUUCAUUCAUCUACCAAGCCUUACUAGAAUACUACCUCUAUGGUGACACAGAACUGGACGUGGCCUCCUUAGAAAAACACCUCCAGACGUUGUACAGUCCGGCACCGCACUACGAGAAAGUCGGCCUGGAACAAGAGUUUAAGAAACUAACAAACGUCCGAAUAAUGAAAGAGAACAUGAGGACGGGGAACCUGCCGGCCAACAUGAAAAAAGCCAGAGUCAUCCAGAUUAUCCCGUAUGACUUUAACCGUGUGAUCCUGUCCAUGAAGAGAGGGGAAGAAUACACGGACUAUAUCAACGCUUCCUUUAUUGAUGGCUAUCGACAGAAAGACUAUUUUAUUGCCACCCAAGGUCCACUGCCGCACACGGUGGAGGAUUUCUGGAGGAUGGUGUGGGAGUGGAAGUGUCACACGCUUGUGAUCCUUACAGAACUGCAGGAAAGGGAGCAGGAGAAAUGCUGCCAGUACUGGCCAUCGGAGGGCGCUGUGACCUAUGGAGAAAUAAGUAUAGAGAAUAAAGGCGACCGCUUACUAGACGCAAUCAGUGUCAGAGACUUUCUAGUGACCAGCAGCCAGGAAAAGCAGGCACGACUGGUCCGACAGUUCCACUUCCAUGGCUGGCCUGAGAUAGGAAUCCCUGCAGAAGGGAAGGGUAUGAUCGAUCUCAUUGCAGCCGUCCAGAAACAGCAGCAACAGACGGGCAACCACCCUAUUAUUGUACACUGCAGUGCCGGUGCUGGCAGAACGGGGACGUUUAUUGCCCUCAGCAAUAUCCUGGAGCGGGUGAAGGCAGAAGGGCUACUCGACGUUUUUCAGACUGUGAAAAGUUUACGAAUGCAGCGGCCGCACAUGGUGCAAACACUGGAACAGUAUGAAUUCUGCUACAAGGUGGUACAAGACUUUAUUGACAUAUUUUCCGAUUACGCCAAUUUCAAGUGAAGGACUUGAGGCCGGUUUAUACAUAGAACUAAUUCCUUGUGGUUUAAUUGAUCUCGUUUCUGGUCCUCUGCUUUUGUAUUCCUCUCUGCCACCAAAUAACAAAAUGCUCUAUGCUUCUAGUCUUACAUCCGGUAUGGUAUGACAUACAGAUUCCAAUACAGAAAACCUUCCUGGUGUGAAGGAAAUAGCGGACAGAUGUAAAGUAAUGUAUAUAUUUAUUUAUUUACAAUAUGGCAUGUAUAUUACCAUACCAAGCUUUUUCUUAUACGUCAGGUUUUUUUUUUUCGAUUUUUUUGUUUUUUAAACAGCAUAAAUAAGAAAAUGUGAUUGGGUAGUGGGGCCUUAUUCUCUGUACAGUGUCUAAGUUUCAUGCUGCAGUUUAAAGGGGUACUCCGGUGAAAACCUUUUUUCUUUCAAAUCAACGGGUGG